AUGUUGAGAACAGUUUCACAACUUUCAUCGCGUAACAUGCUAAGGCGUUGCUUGUUGAAGAAUGCAGGCUCGCAUUCGAGACCGCUGGGAGGAUCACUGCUGUGUGCUGCCAGGGGAGCGAGAGGGUUUGCCAGCGGCACAGACACUUUUUUGUCUACUUCUAACGCCAACUAUAUCGACGAGAUGUAUGAGGCUUGGCAGAAGGAUCCAAGUUCUGUCCAUGCGUCUUGGAAUGCGUACUUCAAAAACAUGGGCAACAUGAACAUCAAGUCGUCUAGCGCAUUUCAGGCGCCACCAAAUUUAGUAAGCGGUCCUACGGGUGCUGAGAAUUUGGCAUUAGAUAAGCCAAUGGGCACUACAGUUGACGAAAAUGUGAUGUGCCAUUUGAAGAUCCAGCUUCUAUGUAGAGCUUACCAGGUCAGAGGCCAUUUGAAAGCACACAUCGAUCCUUUACAGAUUUCUUUUGGUGAUGACAAGACAAAGCCGGUUCCAAAAGAACUAACAUUAGAGUACUAUGGUUUCACUGAGCGUGAUCUCGACAAGCAAAUAAACUUAGGUCCCGGUAUCUUACCCAGAUUUGCUAGAGAUGGUAAGACGAAGAUGACUUUGAGAGAGAUUGUUAGCUCCAUGGAAAAGUUAUACUGUUCAUCUUAUGGUGUGCAGUAUACUCAUAUUCCAUCAAAGGAGAAGUGUGAAUGGUUAAGAGAGAGAAUUGAAAUUGCAACUCCUUACCAGUACACUAUUGAUCAAAAGAGACAAAUAUUAGAUAGGCUGACUUGGGCUACCUCAUUUGAAAGUUUCUUAUCAACAAAAUUUCCAAAUGAUAAAAGAUUCGGUUUAGAAGGUCUUGAAGUCGCUGUCCCAGGUAUCAAGACCUUAAUCGAUCGUUCUGUUGAAUUAGGCGUUGAAGAUGUUGUAUUAGGUAUGGCUCAUCGUGGUAGAUUAAAUGUUUUAUCGAACGUUGUUCGUAAGCCAAAUGAAUCUAUCUUCUCUGAAUUCAAGGGGUCAACUGCCCAGGACGAUAUCGAAGGGUCAGGUGAUGUGAAAUAUCAUCUAGGUAUGCAUUACAAAAGACCAACAACUUCAGGUAAAUAUGUCAACAUUUCGUUGGUCGCAAAUCCAUCCCAUUUAGAGGCAAAUGAUCCCGUUUGUUUGGGUAGGACAAGGUCUAUUCUUCAUGCAAAGAACGACCUUGAGAAGAAAGACAAGGCUUUAUCCGUCUUAAUGCAUGGUGAUGCCGCUUUUGCCGGUCAAGGUGUGGUUUAUGAGACAAUGGAAUUCUUGAACUUGCCAGAAUAUUCUACAGGUGGUACCAUCCACGUUAUUUUCAACAAUCAAAUUGGGUUCACUACAGACCCAAGAUUUGCUAGAUCCACACCAUACCCCUCUGAUAUUGCUAAAGCUAUCGAUGCACCAAUCUUCCACGUUAAUGCUAAUGAUGUUGAAGCUGUUACAUUCAUCUUCAAUUUAGCCGCCGAAUGGAGAAGUAAGUUCCAUACUGAUGCUAUAAUUGAUGUUGUUGGUUGGAGAAAACAUGGUCAUAACGAAACAGAUCAACCAUCCUUCACUCAACCUUUGAUGUAUCAAAAGAUUGCUAAACAAAAAUCUGUUAUUGAUGUUUACACUGAGAAAUUGAUAAUUGAAGGUUCAUUUACGAAGGCUGACAUUGAAGAACAUAAAAAAUGGGUUUGGGGAUUAUUUGAAGAAGCUUUUGAAAAGGGAAAAGAAUAUAAACCAAACUCAAGAGAAUGGUUAACUGCUGCCUGGGAAAAUUUCAAAUCACCAAAAGAAUUAGCAACUGAAAUUUUGCCGCAUGAACCAACAAACGUUCCCGCUGAUACUCUGAAACAUAUCGGUAAAGUAAUCUCUUCAGCACCAGAAGGCUUUGAAAUUCACAGAAAUUUGAAAAGAAUAUUGAAUAAUAGAGGUAAAUCUAUUGACACUGAAAAAGGAAUUGAUUGGUCUACCGGUGAAGCCUUAGCUUUUGGUACUUUGGCUCUUGAAGGUUAUCAUGUCAGAAUUUCUGGUGAAGAUGUCGAAAGAGGUACAUUUUCUCAACGUCAUGCUGUUUUACAUGACCAGAAUUCUGAAAAUAUAUAUACUCCAUUAAAAAACCUAAGCGAAAAGCAAGGUGAUUUCACGAUCUCAAACUCUUCACUAUCGGAAUACGGUGUUAUGGGGUUCGAGUAUGGUUAUUCUUUAACAAGUCCAGAUUAUUUUGUUAUGUGGGAGGCUCAGUUUGGUGAUUUCGCAAAUACUGCGCAAGUUAUUAUUGAUCAAUUCAUUGCAGGUGCCGAACAAAAAUGGAAACAACGUUCAGGUUUAGUUCUUUCUUUACCUCACGGUUAUGACGGUCAAGGUCCUGAACAUUCUUCUGGCAGAUUGGAGAGAUUCUUACAGUUGGCGAAUGAAGAUCAAAGAUUUUUCCCAUCGGAAGAGAAACUGAAGAGGCAACAUCAGGAUUGUAAUUUCCAAGUUGUGUAUCCAACAACACCAGCAAACUUAUUCCAUAUCUUGAGAAGACAACAGCAUCGUCAAUUCCGUAAACCACUAGUUUUAUUCUUCUCGAAACAGCUGCUACGUCAUCCAUUAGCAAGAUCUGAACUAUCAGAGUUUACUGAUGGAAGUUUCCAAUGGGUGAUCGAAGAUGCUGAACAUGGAAAGAGCAUUGGUACCAGAGAAGAAACCAAGAGACUGGUAUUAUUGACAGGUCAAGUGUACACUGCAUUGCAUAAGAAGCGUGCUGAAUUGGGUGAUAAAACAACCGCUUUCCUCAGGAUUGAGCAACCUCAUCCAUUCCCAUUUGCUCAGUUACGUGACACAAUCAACUCUUAUCCAAACUUAGAAGAAAUUAAAUUCUGUCAAGAAGAGCCAUUAAAUAUGGGUUCAUGGUCUUACCAAGCUCCAAGAAUAGCUACUGUUUUGAAGGAGACAGAAAAGUAUAAGGAUUUCAAUGUGCAAUAUUGUGGAAGAAAUCCAAGUGGUGCUGUUGCGGCUGGUAACAAGACUUUACAUACCGCAGAAGAAGAAGCAUUCUUAAGUGAGGUAUUUGGUCAACAGCAGUGA